AUGCCUCAGGACGCCAAGAACGCUUUCUACUCGGUUGGGUACCUCAAGGAUUUGAAGGCCAGAUACGAAGCUGCGACCAGCGACCCUUGCCGUGGCCUGACCUUUGAGGAUGCCCUCGAGCACGUCAACUCGACCGGCCGGAAGAACUUCUCCCGGGACGAUGUGAAGCGCUUCGAUGACAACCACGACGACAACAUCAACUUCGCAGAAUACCUUGCGAUGAUGUUGGAGAACGACGAGCAGAUGGCGUUCCAGAACGCCAAGUUCAUUGCUUAG